AUGCUCCAUCCAGCCCUCCGCAUUGAUGAGAUCCUGCGCAAGAUUUUCGCCUAUCUUUCCGCAGAUCGCCAAAGCGUUGCAAGGGUUGCUCGCACAUGCAAAGUUUUCUCAGAUGUUGCACUGUGCUUGUUAUGGAGUGAAUUGGAAUCACUCCUGCCAUUGCUUCGAUUAUUCCCAACGUUUGUUCGAGUUCCCGAAGACAGCCCAAAGAACCAGAAGAAAUACGCAGCAUUAUAUGUCUUGCAUGGUUCUUCAGAUCAGCAGUGGGAGCGGUUCCUGUGCUAUGCCGGGCGUGUACACGUCUUGCGACACGUCGUGUUGGAGUACCGCGUUCACCCGUCUGUUUUUCCUCAGCUGAUCCUUCGGGCUCGCGGCCAACCCAUAUUCAUGGCACUUCGUUCCCUCGAGUGGGAAGAGCCAUUCCCAUUGAGUAUGGAACUGAUAGGGUUCCUAUCUCCGUCUCUCCGGGACAUAACGAUCAGCGUCCGGGACAAGGACGGGCACUCUUCCAUGGUACAAGAUGGCGUUGUCAGUGGCGUUGUCGGAACAUUGCUGUCCCAUGCGCCGUCCCUUGAAUAUCUAUACAUUGACGCAAUGCUACCCCUAGCUCGCCCCUCAAGAGUCGUCCUGGGUCGUUCCGAGUCGUACUGCUACCAAUCCAGGCUCGGUGUACCUACCACGACGGAAAGACCCAGUGCCGAAGGUUCAUUUCCGGCAUUGCGAGCACUCGAUGUAAUGGGAGAAUUUCGCUUCGUCCGCGAGUUGAUGUCAGCUAUUCCCUCUGAUGGGAUCGAAUCCCUCAGUAUCAAUGGCAUGGAUGGCACCGGAUGGCAUGACUACCACGAGACUCUCAACGUGCUCGCUUCAAAAUUUGCCAAAACUCUGCGGAAGCUUGAGCUGUUGUGGCGUAGACAUUGUUGCGAACCCGUCCCAGGUGUCAAUGAUUGGCCCAAAACUUUUGAGGCAAUAAGGCCUUUGUUGAAGGUGCGACUCGCAGACGUACAACUCAAAUUCCACGGGAUCGCGAUAACAUUGACUGCGGAAGAUAUCCAUGACAUGGCUGUGUCCUGGCGCACCCUCACUUCACUGCGUAUCUCAACCUGUGGUGCUGUCGUGGAAGUUCCUCCUGCUCAUUCCUUAAGUGAGUUUGCUCGUCAUUGCCCAGACCUCUGCACUUUGGCACUUCCGACUCUGCUCCCGGAGUUCUCGUCUACUCGUGAUACCAAACUACAUCCAGUUUUACCGCAUGGCCUACAGGAGCUGCUACUCGCGGACAACAGCGAAUUUUGGAAGCACGAUGUUCACUCCGACUCGGAUUCUUGUCUGAGACCCAUGCGCUUGAAUAAGGCGUUGGCUAAGCUACGUACUAACUUGAAGGACGUUCGACGCCGUGAAGGAAUGCGCCGGUACCAGUCAAAGGCAAACACCCACCGUAUCGAGUCAUCGUCGGGCGACCCACAGACACACCCUGUAUUGGACGGCGAGGGCGUCGUCUCGGAGCGCAGAGUUCCUCUGGUGCAGGAGGACGAUUUUGUGUGUCGGGACGCGGUGGACGUCGUGAAGCUGCUACGGGCGGUCCGUGCGACACUCUACGAGAACGCAGAGACUCUAGGCGGCAGUGUUCUUGUAGACGAACAAUGGACGUGCAGUAUAUCCGUUCCAAGGCAUCGCAAUGACAGGACGUACAAAGUGCAUAUCCAGUACACCGCGUCCGCCGCACGUUCGGAUAGAAACGACCCACAAAGACCCGUGGCCAUGGAGAGAGCCAGAGGUGUACCAGGACUCAUGACCAUUGUCAGCAGGCACGACUAA